AUGGCGACUCUUGGUGCUGCAGUAUCUGCCGUCAUGGCAGAGCACCUUAAUACAUUUCAGCAAUUUAUCGAUCUUGAUGAGAUUCUCCUAUGCUUGAUGAUAAAAAACGUCAUCCAGAACGACGAAUACCAUGAAUUGAUGGAGGAGACCAGGGAGAGGAGAAGGAAGCAAGCGUUGUUCCUUCUCAAAAAGAUCCCAACUGCAGGGGAUGGUGCCUUUUUAGCACUUCUGGAGUGCCUUAAUUUGAAGCACCGCAAGUUGGCCGAGACAUUACUAACGUCCCUGGAAUGGGAGAGAGGUUCGUCGCUGGCAUCUCAGGGAGGUUUGUCGCUGGCAUCUCAGGGAGUAGCAGCUCAACCCGUUGGCCCUUCGACAACAUGGGACAGGAUCAGAGAGAACCGUAUGAGGCUACGGGAUAAGUUUAACUUGGACGUCCACGAGUUGCUUCGUAGUUUGAGCGACAAGGGCGUCUUCACGCUCAUCGAGGGGCAGCAGAUACGUGGGAAAGCAACCCCCAAACAGCAAUUUGAUGAGUUCUUUGACCUUCUCAUGAGCAAGAAUCCACGACUAUACUACCCCGUUUUCCUCAAGGCUCUCACUGACAUAGACCGGAAGGAUGUCCGGGAUUUCUUGGAAGGAGAAUGCUCAGGAAUUCCUCAAUGGAAGAAGGGAAAUCGGCCGAAGGAGUCUACUCUUGCCUGGUGGUUGGGAGCAAAUGGCCAAGGUUUCCGAAAUCCCUCAUCGCAUUUCUGA